GGCAGCGCCCGGGCGGCGGCGGAGGCGGCGGGAGCGCCCGUCCGCACCCCCCCCCCCUUCCCGGGACCCCCGGACCUCCCUUAGCACCGACCCCUGGGACCUUCCUCAGCAUCGACCUCCGGGACCCUCCUCAGCACCCACCCUUGGGACACUCCUCACCACCCACCCUCCUCAGCGCAGACCCUCGGGACGUCUGUUCAGAACCCACCUCCUUCAGCCAACGACCCUCGGGACCCCCCCUCAGCGGCGGCGGAGGCUGCGGCCGCGGGCGAGGGAUGCGCCGCGCCCCGACACCCAGCCUUGCUAACAUGAUGACCUGACAAGAUACAGCACAAUCCUGACUAUGCAGCACGGGGACUGAUGGGAAAGGAUCCAAUAUGAGUGUAAAUGAUGUUGGAGGCAGACGACGCUUUGAGGAUAGCGAGUACACGCUGCACAUCUACCCCGGGAGCAUCGCAGAGGGGACAAUCUACUGCCCCAUCACUGCCAGGAAAACAUCCACGGCUGCCGAGGUGAUCGAUUCACUCAUCAACAAACUCCAGCUCGAGAAAACAAAAUGUUACGUGUUGGCCGAAGUGAAGGAGUUCGGAGGGGAGGAAUGGAUCCUCAACCCCACGGACUGCCCGGUGCAGCGCAUGAUGCUGUGGCCGCGCAUGGCGCUGGAGAACCGCAUCAGCGGCGAGGAUUAUCGCUUCCUGCUGCGGGAGAAGAACCUGGAUGGCUCCAUCCACUACGGGAGCCUGCAGUCCUGGCUGCGGGUGACAGAGGAGCGGCGCAGGAUGGUGGAGCGGGGCUUUCUCCCCCAGCCCCAGCAGAAGGACUACGAUGACUUGUGUGGUUUGCCAGACCUGAACGAGAAAACGCUCCUGGAAAAUCUCAGAAACCGCUUCAAGCAGGAAAAAAUAUACACCUACGUUGGCAGCAUCCUCAUUGUUAUUAAUCCCUUCAAGUUCCUACCUAUUUAUAACCCCAAGUAUGUGAAGAUGUAUGAUAACCAUCAGCUGGGGAAGCUGGAGCCCCACAUUUACGCUGUGGCAGAUGUGGCUUACCAUGCUAUGCUCCAGAGGAAGAAGAACCAGUGCAUUGUGAUUUCAGGAGAGAGUGGCUCGGGAAAGACACAGAGCACCAAUUUUCUGAUUCAUCACCUCACCGCCCUCAGCCAGAAGGGAUUUGCCAGUGGAGUAGAACAGAUUAUUCUUGGAGCUGGCCCAGUGCUUGAGGCAUUUGGAAAUGCAAAAACAGCCCAUAACAACAACUCCAGUCGCUUUGGCAAAUUCAUCCAAGUGAAUUACCAGGAGACGGGCACCGUGCGAGGAGCUUAUGUUGAAAAAUACCUCCUGGAGAAGUCCCGACUGGUCUAUCAAGAGCACAACGAGCGGAACUACCAUGUAUUUUAUUACCUCCUGGCAGGAGCGAGCGAGGAGGAGAGAUCAGCAUUUCACCUGAAGCAGCCAGAGGAAUAUCAUUACCUUAACCAGAUGACAAAGAAACCCCUCAGACAGAGCUGGGAUGAUUAUUGCUAUGACUCGGAGCCGGAUUGUUUCUCCGUGGAAGGGGAGGACCUGAAGCACGACUUUGAGCGGCUGCAGCUCGCCAUGGAGAUGGUGGGGUUUCUGCCCAGGACACGCAGACAGAUUUUCUCUCUGCUGUCAGCAAUCCUGCAUCUGGGGAACAUCCGGUACAAAAAGAAGACCUACCGGGAUGACUCCAUCGAUAUCUGUAACCCUGAGAUACUUCCUGUCGUGUCAGAGCUGCUGGAGGUGAAAGAAGAGUUGUUGUUUGAGGCCCUGGUGACCAGAAAGACAGUGACAGUGGGAGAGAAGCUGAUCUUACCAUACAAAUUGGCAGAGGCUGUGACUGUGCGGAAUUCCAUGGCCAAGUCGUUGUACAGCGCCCUGUUUGACUGGAUCGUGUUCAGGAUCAACCACGCGCUCCUCAACUCCAAGGACAUGGAGGAAAGCACCAAGACUUUAUCCAUUGGGGUGCUUGAUAUUUUUGGGUUUGAAGAUUAUGAAAACAAUAGUUUUGAACAAUUCUGCAUUAACUUUGCCAACGAGCGCUUGCAGCACUACUUUAACCAGCACAUCUUUAAACUGGAACAGGAGGAAUAUAGAGCAGAAGGAAUUAGCUGGCACAACAUUGACUACAUAGACAACUCCAGCUGCAUCAACCUGAUCAGCAAGAAGCCAACAGGGCUGCUCCAUCUGCUGGAUGAGGAAAGCAAUUUUCCUCAAGCCACAAACCAGACACUGCUGGACAAAUUCAAGCGUCAACAUGAAGGGAACUCCUACAUUGAAUUCCCAGCAGUGAUGGAGCCAGCUUUCAUCAUCAAACACUACGCAGGCAAAGUGAAGUACGGAGUCAAGGAUUUCCGGGAGAAGAACACAGAUCACAUGCGCCCAGACAUCGUGGCUCUCCUGCGGAGCAGCAAGAACGCCUUUAUCUGUGGGAUGAUCGGGAUUGAUCCCGUGGCUGUUUUCCGCUGGGCCGUCCUGAGGGCCUUUUUCAGGGCCAUGGUUGCAUUUAGGGAGGCUGGAAAACGAUACGUGGAGAAGAAAACUGGGCAUGAUGAUGCAGUGCCAUGUGCGGUUUUGAAAAGUGUGGAUAGUUUUAGCUUUCUCCACCACCCAGUUCAUCAGAGGAGCUUAGAGAUCCUGCAGAGGUGCAAGGAGGAGAAGUACAGUAUCACUCGGAAGAGCCCGCGGACACCACUCUCAGACCUCCAGGGAGUCAACACCAUCAACGAGAGGAGCCCACGGGAUGCCUAUGCAGUUGGCUGGAAUGGCCGGAUGGGGAUGAGGCACAACAGGCUCGCCAGCCCUGGCACCUUCCUGGACAAAGAUGGGAUAUUCGUCAACACCACCAACAGCAAACUGCUGGAGAGGGCCCAUGGCAUCCUCAUGCGAAAUAAGAACUUCAAAGCCAAACCCAGUCUCCCAAAGCACUUGCUGGAUGUGAAGUCCCUCAAGCACCUCACGAACCUGACGUUGCACGACCGCAUCACCAAAUCUCUCCUCCACCUCCAUAAGAAGAAAAAACCACCCAGCAUCAGCGCCCAGUUCCAGGCAUCCCUCAACAAACUGAUGGAGACCCUUGGCCAAGCAGAGCCGUAUUUUGUCAAGUGCAUCCGAUCCAACGCCGAGAAGCUGCCCCUGCGGUUCAACGACAGCCUGGUGCUCCGGCAGCUGCGCUACACGGGGAUGCUGGAGACAGUGCGCAUCCGCCAGUCAGGAUACAGCUGCAAAUACUCCUUCCAGGAUUUUGUGAACCAUUUCCAUGUUCUUUUGCCACAAGGGAUCAGCCCAUCUAAGCACAAUAUCCAUGAUUUCUUCCGGAAGAUAAAACUCAAUCCAGACAAUUACCAAGUUGGAAGAACAAUGGUUUUCAUGAAAGAACGGGAGCGGCAGCUUCUGCAGGACCUGCUGCACCAGGAGGUGCUACGGAGGAUCACUCUGCUGCAGCGCUGGUUCCGCAGCCUGCUCUGCAGGAGGCAGUUCCUGAGCCUGCGGCACGCGGCCAUCAGCAUCCAGAGAUUUUGGCGAAGCUACCAGAGCCGAAAAAAAGGCAAACCAUCCCCAGACCCUCUAGUUCUCAGCAAAGCUGCUGUCAUCCUUCAGACCCACUGGCGAGGCUUCGUGGAGAGGCGGAGGUUCCUGCAGAUGCAGUUUGCAGCCCACCUCAUCCAGAGCUGCUGGCGGGAGCACGCCAGGCGCCGGCACGCCGCAGCCACCAGCAUCCAGGCAGCCUGGCGGGGACACCGUACCCGGCAGGCGUACGCAGCCCGCAGGAGCAGGGCCGUGUGCCUGCAGGCGGCGUGCCGGGGGUAUUUGGCACGGCAAAGGUUUAGAGCUUUGAAAGAGCACCAGUUAAAAGAGAUGCAGCUGGAGAAUGGCCUGGCAGGUAGAGAAGAGGAUGGACUGGAAGCAGAUGGUUUGGAAAUUAAGGGCUCUGACCCAUCUAAGUGGGAGGACAGCUCAUUUGAAGAGCGAGUGAGAGCUGUAGAACAACAUAAAUCACUGAUGGAGAAUAACCGGGUGAAUCACAUGGACCCACUGGAUACUUCCAUGUACAAAAGGCAGGAGAGAGCCAGCAGCCAGAGUGGGAUUGACACCGAGGAGGAGAUCAUCGUGAGAGAGAGGCCCAAGUCGCUGGAGGAUCUCAACCAGAAAAAAGUGGUUCGUGCAAAGAGGGAAAGCCGGAGGAUGCGGGAGCUGGAACAGGCGAAAUUCAGCUUGGAGCUGCUCAAGGUCCGCUCCACGGGUGGGCUGUCACCUUCGGAAGAGCAGCGCUGGUCCACAGAGCUGGUGUCCGAGGCACUGCAUUCCCCUCAGGGAACCCCGGAGAGUGAGGGCUCUCAAGGGAGCUUUGAGUUAUUAAACAAUGAAGAUACCUCAAGUAGCAAACUCAUUUCCUUAGUCUUAGAUGAGCGUGAUGCACAGUUAUUUUCCAUGGACUCCCUGCCCAGCAGUCCCCAGGCUCAGCUGCAGGAGAAGCCUUUCUGUUCAGUGGAUGGGAACAAGGAUUUGCCCGGCUGCAGACAGACCCCAGCAGACUUGGUGCUGCCCGAUAACCUCACCAGGAAGGAGUGUGGGGACAGUGACCCCCAGAAUGUUAUGAAGGCUCACCCAAGAGAAGCCCUCCUUUCUAGCAACCUCCCCACUUUCUACGUUCCACCACAAGACAAUGUGAAUGUGAAGACAGUGGAGAAUAACCUAAGGAAUAAAGCAGUGGAAAGAGAGGAAAGGACAGUUAUGUUCUCUGAGGUCAGGAAGGACUCUGAUCCAGACCAGGGAUCUGGAUUAGCAUUGGGAGAAGAGAAGGAAAAGGAUAAACCCUCUACCAAGAGAGAAGAACGUGGGACAGUGACAGCAGCACGGGCCGUUUCUCCAGGUUCUGUCAUUAAGAGACUGGAAAGGCUCAACGUGGAGAAGGAGGAGCGGCAAAAGCAGCUACAGCUGCAAAAUGAGAGGGAGAUGAUGGAGCAGAUUCGUCAGCAGAAGGAAAUUCUGGAGAGGCAACGCAAAGCCUUCGAGCAGCAAGGGAAGGUAGAGGCUUUGCAGAGGACAGAGCAGAGCAGAGUGAAGGACCCUUCCUUCAAACCAGCCAAAAAAACAGACAGCCGACUUCAGUCAGUCUUCAUCCUGCACCCCCAGAGCAGAGGGGAGCAUAGCCCCACCCCAGGCAUGGCUCCAACCUCAGCAGUGGACAUCAAGGGUCUCACUGUUGGGACCAGGGGAAGCUCUCCAGCCCACAGUGCCCCCAAAGACCGACCUGUCAGCAUGUUCAUGGAGCGAAGAGAAGGUUUGGAACCCCACUGCCAUUCCAAACCAGCUCUGGACCCCAAGGACCACCCAGGCAGCCAUUUCUCAAGGACAGAGCGCCUCCGGCAACCUCGGAUGCCCAACCAGGCCACUGAGGAGACAAGGGCAAGCUCCAUGUUCUUCACACCAAAAGACAAUCCCUUUGGCCUCCACAGAGAGGCAAAUCAUCAGUGCCUUUCCAAGGGUGAAAUAGCACGGAAGCCAUUUAAGAUGCCGGGGUCUGGCAGAGGCGAGGUGCCCAGACCGAGCCAUAAAAAGAAAGCCCGCAUGGCGCGGACGCGCUCCGAUUUCUUGACUAGAGGUACUUUUGCUGAUGGGGAGGGGGAUACGGAGGAAGAGGAUUACGAUGGCAGUUUUGAGUUCCUUCUCUCCUCUGAACACCCUCCUCACGUAGAGGUGGUGCCGGCAGCCCGCCUGGGGCAGGCCUGUUACAGUGACUCCGAAAUGACCGUGCAGCGAUUCACCUCGGGGGAAGGCCAGGCCAAACUGCACAAAACCAUGUCCCAGGGGGAGAUUGGGAAGCUGGCAGCCACGCAGAAGAGUCUGACUCCAGAUGGAAGGCCUCAACGAGCCAAGAUGAGGUUUUGGGUGAAGGGAAAGCAGGGAGAGAAGAAGACCCCCCGGGAGAAGCUUGCUACCCAGUCUGAGCUGCUGGAGCUGUACGCAGAGCAGGAAGCUCCUGGCAGGGAAGCCAUUCCUGGAUUGCAGCUUGGCGAAGCAGAUUUGGGUCCUCAUCACCUGACGCCCCCACGGAGUCCUGAGCUGUCGGGCAUCUACCGGCGGGAAUUCAAGGAGAACAAGGAACCCUCUCCCAAAGUGAAGCGCAAGCGCAGCGUUAAGAUCAGCAACGUGGCUCUGGAGCCCGUGCAGUGGCAGAACGACUCCCUGCAGAUCAUAACCAGCACCAGCGACCUGAAGAGCAUGGAUGAGUUUCUCCUGAAAAAGAUGAAUGAACUGGACAACGAGGACAGCAAGAAGGACACACUGGUGGAUGUCGUGUUCAAGAAAGCACUGAAGGAAUUCCGACAAAACAUCUUCAGUUUUUACUCCUCAGCAUUGGCAAUGGACGAUGGGAAGAGCAUCCGCUACAAGGACCUCUACGCCUUAUUUGAGCAGAUUCUGGAGAAGACCAUGAGGCUUGAGCAGAGGGACUGGAGUGAGUCUCCAGUUAAAGUCUGGGUCAAUACUUUCAAAGUCUUCCUGGAUGAAUAUAUGAUAGAGUACAAACCCCUGGACUACACUGCGGGGAAGAUACCAAAAACGGAACGAAAAAAGAGAAGGAAAAAGGAAGCAGAUGUGGUGGAAGAGCACAAUGGUCACAUUUUCAAGGCAACCCAAUACAGCAUCCCCACAUACUGUGAAUAUUGUUCCUCCUUGAUCUGGAUCAUGGACAGGGCUUCUGUUUGUAAAUUAUGUAAAUAUGCUUGUCACAAGAAGUGCUGUCUUAAAACCACAACCAAGUGCUCCAAAAAGCACGACCCGGAGCUCUCACCGCGGCAGUUCGGCGUGGAGCUGUCCCGGCUGACCAGUGAGGAGCGGGCGGUGCCGCUGCUGGUGGAGAAACUCAUCAACUAUAUCGAAAUGCAUGGGCUAUACACGGAGGGCAUCUACAGGAAAUCGGGAUCCACCAACAAGAUCAAGGAGCUGCGGCAAGGCCUCGAUACAGACAUCAAUAACGUGAAUUUAGACGACUAUAACAUCCACGUCAUUGCCAGCGUGUUCAAGCAGUGGCUCCGAGAUCUGCCCAACCCCCUCAUGACCUUUGAGCUCUACGAGGAGUUCCUGCGGGUGAUGGGCCUCCAGGAGAGGAAGGAGACAGUGCGUGGGGUAUACUCGGUCAUCGACCAGCUCUCCCGCACCCACCUCAGCACCCUGGAGCGCCUCAUCUUCCACCUGGUCAGGAUUGCCCUCCAAGAAGAGACCAACCGCAUGUCAGCCAAUGCCUUGGCCAUUGUGUUUGCUCCCUGCAUCCUCCGCUGCCCUGACACAACAGACCCACUACAGAGCGUUCAGGACAUCAGCAAAACCACCACUUGUGUGGAAUUAAUUGUCAUCGAGCAGAUGAACAAGUACAAGGCUCGGCUCAAAGACAUCAACAGCCUGGAGUUCGCAGAGAACAAAGCCAAGAGUCGCCUCUCCUUGAUCCGCAGGUCUAUGAAGCCCGUACUAAUUGCAGUUAGAUUUAUGAGCAUAACCCGCAGUUCAAUCCCGGGCAAAGGACGUGUGCGACGCGGCGCCUUCCCCAGCCCCGCGUCCCCUGUCACCGGCCGCUUGCCCUCAGUGACAGAUGUCCCUGAGGAGACCCUGAGCAGCGAGGAGGCCAUGGAGAUGGAAGUGACAGAGCAGCAGCAGGUGGCCAUGCAGCAGGAGGAGAAGGUGCUGACUGAACAGAUCGAGAGCCUGCAGAAGGAAAAGGAGGAGCUGACAUUUGAGAUGCUGACACUGGAGCCCCGCGCCUCCGACGAUGAAACCCUCGAGUCCGAAGCCUCCAUUGGCACAGCUGACAGCUCCGAAAAUUUGAACUUCGACUCCGAAGGAGCCAUCUCCGAUCGCUCAGAGAGAAGUGUAGCACUUACCUCCCUGCGCCCUGCCAAGGCUGAGGGGCCAAGCCGACUGCGACGGCACCCCAGGAUGCGGCUGGACCCAGCGGAGCCAACCGACGCCCCCAUCUCCUCCUCCUCCUCCUCCUCCUCCCAGUCAUCCACCUCCUGCUUGCCCCACCUGCCCCGGAAGCGCUUCCAGAUGUACUCCAAAUCUCCUUUCUACCGAGCAGGGGGACAUGGCGAGACCCCUGAAACCCGGGCGAGCCCCGAGGGCCUGACGGGGCCUCUCCAUUAUCCCGAGGACCGGCCGCAGUUCACCACGCGCGGGACCUUCAACCCAGAGAAAGGCAAACAGAAACUGAAGAGUGUGAAAUCUUCCCCCACAAAAACCAAAGAGCCCCCAGAUGGGGGGCCUGGAGGGGGACGCAAGAGGAACCCUGAGGCCGAUUGCGCUGCCACCCAACCCCUUGUCCUCAUGGGGAGCAAUGAGUUCAUGGUCUGAGAUGCUCCACCCCGGAGCUGCAUCCAUGCUGGGGCAUCCUCCCCAUUGGCAAUGCUCUGAUGACUUCCUCGUUAACGCCAGGAGAUGAAUUCUUAAUUAAAAAGGCCGGGAGGGGACAGUUUUAAUGGUGGCCUUAAUGAUUUGGGGGGGGGUUGAGACCUUCAGGUGGCCGGGGGUGGACAGGGAUGGGAGGCAAUGACCGGUUCCUGGCCCUUCCCCUCAGAGCAUUCCACGUCUGGACGCAUCCGCUGCCAAAUCCUUGUGCCGAAUUGCCAUCGCCUGUUGGUAGGAGCAAACCAAGCCUAAAAAUCCCACAGGAGCAUCCCGAGCUGGCUCCACUGCAGCCAAGCCCUCCACGCUUUAACCACCUCAUCCACGCCAACGCCAAGUGCAUGGAAAAGUGUUAAAACCUGCCAAAAAUCACCUUUUCCCUUUGUUUUUUUAUUUUUUAAUGAGACCUAACCAUCUUUCCUUUUUUUUUUUUCUUUUUGAGAUCAUCAGUAUUAAUAAUAAUAAUUAAUAAUAAUCGAGGACUACUUGAAGCAAUAUUUGUUUAUAUGCUGGUUCCUGGAGUUUUGUGUAAAUAUAUAUUUUUUUAAUUUUUUUUUAAUAUUUUUCCCCAGACAGAACUUUUUUUUUUUUUUACUAUUAUUAUUAUUGUUAUUAUUUUUGGGCUGGAGAGGACGGGAGCAAUUGGCUGAGCCAUCUUUGGUGUCACCACUGGUGUCACAGGCCAUCACUCAAUAAAACAUGGAGUUUUAUUCUCAGCAAGAAAUCCCUAGAGGUGUAAUUAUACCAUCAUAACCCAUCAUAGGACUAAUUAUCGAUGCUAGUUACUGACUCAGCUUGUAAUCCCUCCCCAGUCUCAUCAUCAUCCUCAGUGGCACCGGGAGAAGCUCUAGGUACCAGAAAGCCUCUGGAAAGGCAAAAUCAGGAGCCCCAGCGCAAUAAUUAGAUUUACAAAGGCUGGAUCUGUCCUCCUAGGUGGGGUGGACUGGGGCUCAUCCUUUCCUGAAAUGCCAUAAAAAAUGGGGAAAAUAGCAAAAAAAUUGAGUUUUCCUGAGUAUUUUGUCUUCUCCCGGCAGGACUGGAUUUGGCUGAGCUGCUCCUCGGUCCCCUCUCCCCCUGCCCUUUCCAGGGAUGGUUUAUUUAUUGGGGUAAUUUUUAAUUUGAUAUUUGAAAUUUGAUUUUUUUUUCAUGUUAUCUUUAAUUUUUUUCUAAUGGGGGAAGUGACAGAUGCUGCAGGGAGAGUGGGAACAGCAUCGGCCUUGGCGCUGCAUCCUGGGAGUGGAGCAAGACCAAGUCAAUCAUCCCCAUCCACGGGGGAAAAUGGGGUUUUCCCUGUCCCAGAGGGGAAAGCAGAGCUUUGGGGACGGACACGGAUGCACUGAGAAGGCAGAUGGUGACCACAACAGUGGAAACUCCUGGAGAGCCAUCCCAAAUUCUCUGGGAGCUGGGAUUGCUGGGAGCAUCUGAGUGCUUGCUGCCAAACCAGCCUUCUGAGCCUCUUGAGCUAAAAACCCCAGAACUGCCCUUAAAAUGGCCCCAGGGGAGGAGAUCCUGGGCAUGAGUGAAGGGUCCAGCCUCGUCCUCAGGCUUCUCAUCCCCGUGGGAUGAGAGCAGGGAUGUCAGAUCUGACUGGGGCAAAUAUAUAUAUGCAUAUAUAUAUACAUACACACACACACACACAGAGAUUAUAUGUGUGUUUAUAUGUAUGCGUGUAUAUGUGUGCAUAUAUAUAUGUAUAUGUAUCUAAUUUCUUUUGGAAUCUAUUUAUUUUCCUUAUAUACAUUUAAUCUCUAUGUAAGGAAAAUGUAUUUAAGUGAUGUUUAUAUAUAUAAAGAACAUAUGUAAUAAUAUAUAUAUUCUAUAUAUAAAGAAAAUGUGCACACAA